AUGGUUUUAAUCUAUGGAAAUGUUUCGACGGCAAAUUGGGCCAGUGCAAGCAAUGAGUCGCAGGAUAGUUGCAUAAGCAAAUUCUAUUAUCAGACAGCUUGCUUUCUGGCGUUCAUGAAUUCAAUUGAACAAUGUCUUUUGUUUAACUACAUUUCAACAGAAAACCUAAUUGUCGUCGAUAGCAAAAAGUCAAAAGGCCUGAUUGUUGCCAUCAAGGUGUUCACAUGGUCCGAUGGAUACACGACAGUAAAUGAUGUACUAAAUGAUUCUGAAACUUCAGCUUUAUCUGGGACCUGCUGCCAGGGCCAAUCCAGAGAGGAUUGCUUGAUAAUUUCGAGAAUCGGUGAACCCAAGGCAAUUAAUGAUGUCGAAUGUGAUUCCACCCAAUAUGGGUUCGUGUGUGGGUAUCAGUUAGCCUAG